GGAGUGUCUCUUUUGGGAGGAAUUCUUAUGCAUGUUUUUGCACGAGGAAUUCCACGAGUGCGCGGGAGAGGGGAAAUAGGAGAGAAGAGAGGGGAUUGGAAUUGGAUCGAGUUGGGGCACCAGUGAGUUCCUCCUGGAUGGUGGUAUGGAUUCAAGUUCAAGAGCACUGUACUCAAGUAUCGCCAUUAUAGUACCGUUGUCAUGAGAAGGGGAGGGAGGGGAGAAGGAGCGGGGGGGGGGAUUGAAGUGCCACCGGGUGCUGCUGGAUUACAUGUACUUUCUUUUUGCAAUCACCAAGUCACGAUCAGGGUCUUGCUUAUUUGCAUGCUGGCUAUUGGAUUUACGUUUCAGGGGUUAGUUCGGUUUUGUAUAAAUACCUUGAGAUAUCCGCUAUUUCUGGCGUUUUUAUUUCUCCAUCGAUUACAUCGAGAAUCCCAAUUGGUAAAACCUCGCGGAACAUAAAUUUUCAAUAUGGUCGGGCUCACGAGUGUUCUGCUGCUCGUCGGCGCUGCUAGUCUUGCUGCUGCUGCUCCUACAGAAUUGAACAUUAGACAGUCUGGUGCUUCUACUACUAGUCCUCCUUGGUAUCCUGCUCCUAAGGGUGGAACUGCUGCAUCAUGGGCGACUGCGUACGCUAAAGCUCAGGCCCUCGUCUUGCAGAUGACUCUGUUAGAGAAGGUUAAUAUCACGACUGGAACUGGUUGGGCAAUGGGUCCCUGUGUAGGAAAUACCGGCCCAGUACCACGUCUUGGAUUUCCCUCGCUCUGUCUUCACGAUGGCCCUUUGGGCGUUCGGUUUGCCGAUAAGAUUACUUCAUGGCCCGCUGGUAUCACUAUUGGAGGGACCUGGAAUAAGGAGCUCUUCCACGCGCGCGGUGUUGGUCUCGGAUCCGAGUUCCGCGCAAAGGGUGUCCAUAUUGCUCUCGGUCCCGCAAUGGGCCCUCUUGGUCGUAUGCCUGCUGCUGGAAGAAAUUGGGAGGGCUUCGGAUCGGAUCCUUAUCUCCAAGGAAUCGCAUCUGCGGAGCAUAUCAAGGGAAUUCAGAGCCAGGGGGUUGUUGCUACUGCUAAGCAUUACAUUGCCAAUGAGCAGGAGCAUUUCCGUCAGGGACCCGGUGCUAUUUCAUCGAACAUUGAUGAUAGAACUCUUCACGAGGUUUAUCUUUGGCCUUUCCAGGAUUCCGUCAAGGCGGGUGUUGGUGCCGUCAUGUGCUCUUACAACCGUGUCAACAAUAGCGCCGCAUGCCAGAACUCGUACCUGCAGAAUGGUAUUUUGAAGGAUGAAUUGGGAUUCCAGGGUUUCAUUAUGAGCGAUUGGCUGGCGCAAAUGAGUGGCGUUGCAUCAGUCUUGGCUGGAAUGGACAUGACAAUGCCCGGUGAUGGUCUGCUCCGUACCUUUGGACAGAAUUGA